AUGGCUUCAUUUGAUUUCCAAUCACUGUUUACGAAUGUUCCCGGUCGGGAGGUCAUACGUAUCAUGUGUGAUCAUGUGGAGCAAAACGAACUGAAAAUCGGUAUACCAGUAUCAGUUCUGGUACGACAAUUACUACUGUGCACAACAAACGUAUCGUUCUCCUUCCUUGGUUGGGCUUACAGACAAAUUGACGGUGUCGCAAUCCGAACUCCAUUGAGCCCCAUUCUGGCACAUAUGUUUUUGGCUCAUCUUGAGGAAAAGGCGAGCAAAAUCCUCGAACGUUCACAACUUUACAAACGAUACGUUGAUCAUGUUCUAGUCAUCACAAUAAGUCUAGAAGAGACAACAUGGAUUAUGGAUAAACUCGAUCGCCUGCAUCCGAAUAUACGAUUUACGAUGGAAACAGAAAUCGAAGAUACACUGCACUUCCUCGACAUUAAAAUCACUAGGAAUAAUGAUGGAACAAUGGCCAGAUCUGUUUACCGAAAAGAAACUUGGACAGGCCAAUGCUUGCAAUUUGACAGCUUUGUGUCUGUGGAAUAUGAACGUGGUCUGGUCCGAACACUAUUUCAAACAGCACGACAUAUAUGCACAGAAGACAUGAUUGACAACGAACUACGACAGCUGAAAGAAUCUUUGACUAGAAACGCUUAUCCCGAUGCGUUUAUCGAAAAGCACAGCAAGCCUAAAUUGAUCAGACAAACGAAUUGUUCAGCAGAAAAACUACUAGUCACCAUUUGUCUUCCAUUCAUACGUGAUGACAUCAAUUGCUUGCUCAAACGACCACUUGGAUCAGCGCUUGCCCAAAACAAAUAUUAUGCACCUGACCUCAGAAUUAUUCAUCGAACGAUUGAGAUCCCCACACCCUCGGUGAAACAACGUCCACCUCUGUACACCAAAUCGAAUCUGAUUUACCAAUUUCAGUGUAGUUGCGGAGCAACCUACGUGGGUCGAACAGAGCGCCAGUUACGUAACCGAGUGAUUGAAUAUAUUCCAAAUUGGGUACAACGUUUUGUGAUGCAAUCAGGGUCAGAUCAAAGGCAUAAUGACAACGUUCGAAACCAUAAGAUCCCGUCGUCGGCUGUCGGCCGUCGGCCGUCGGCCGUCGCUCGUCCUCUUCUGAUGACGCAACAUCCAGCUGACCGAACCACUGCGUUUCGGGUCAUUUACGUGGCAAAGAAUACCAGGCUUUUGAGACAAAUUGACGGUGUCGCAAUCCGAACUCCAUUGAGCCCCAUUCUGGCACAUAUGUUUUUGGCUCAUCUUGAGGAAAAGGCGAGCAAAAUCCUCGAACGUUCACAACUUUACAAACGAUACGUUGAUCAUGUUCUAGUCAUCACAAUAAGUCUAAAAGAGACAACAUGGAUUAUGGAUAAACUCGAUCGCCUGCAUCCGAAUAUACGAUUUACGAUGGAAACAGAAAUCGAAGAUACACUGCACUUCCUCGACAUUAAAAUCACUAGGAAUAAUGAUGGAACAAUGGCCAGAUCUGUUUACCGAAAAGAAACUUGGACAGGCCAAUGCUUGCAAUUUGACAGCUUUGUGUCUGUGGAAUAUGAACGUGGUCUGGUCCGAACACUAUUUCAAACAGCACGACAUAUAUGCACAGAUGACAUGAUUGACAACGAACUACGACAGCUGAAAGAAUCUUUGACUAGAAACGCUUAUCCCGAUGCGUUUAUCGAAAAGCACAGCAAGCCUAAAUUGAUCAGACAAACGAAUUGUUCAGCAGAAAAACUACUAGUCACCAUUUGUCUUCCAUUCAUACGUGAUGACAUCAAUUGCUUGCUCAAACGACCACUUGGAUCAGCGCUUGCCCAAAACAAAUAUUAUGCACCUGACCUCAGAAUUAUUCAUCGAACGAUUGAGAUCCCCACACCCUCGGUGAAACAACGUCCACCUCUGUACACCAAAUCGAAUCUGAUUUACCAAUUUCAGUGUAGUUGCGGAGCAACGUACGUGGGUCGAACAGAGCGCCAGUUACGUAACCGAGUGAUUGAAUAUAUUCCAAAUUGGGUACAACGUUUUGUGAUGCAAUCAGGGUCAGCUCAAAGGCAUAAUGACAACGUUCGAAACCAUAAGAUCCCGUCGUCGGCUGUCGGCCGUCGGCCGUCGGCCGUCGCUCGUCAUCUUCUGAUGACGCAACAUCCAGCUGACCGAAGCACUGCGUUUCGGGUCAUUUACGUGGCAAAGAAUACCAGGCUUUUGAGCUUUGUGUCUGUGGAAUAUGAACGUGGUCUGGUCCGAACACUAUUUCAAACAGCACGACAUAUAUGCACAGAAGACAUGAUUGACAACAAACUACGACAGCUGAAAGAAUCUUUGACUAGAAACGCUUAUCCCGAUGCGUUUAUCGAAAAGCACAGCAAGCCUAAAUUGAUCAGACAAACGAAUUGUUCAGCAGAAAAACUACUAGUCACCAUUUGUCUUCCAUUCAUACGUGAUGACAUCAAUUGCUUGCUCAAACGACCACUUGGAUCAGCGCUUGCCCAAAACAAAUAUUAUGCACCUGACCUCAGAAUUAUUCAUCGAACGAUUGAGAUCCCCACACCCUCGGUGAAACAACGUCCACCAAUGUACACCAAAUCGAAUCUGAUUUACCAAUUUCAGUGUAGUUGCGAAGCAACCUACGUGGGUCGAACAGAGCGCCAGUUACGUAACCGAGUGAUUGAAUAUAUUCCAAAUUGGGUACAACGUUUUGUGAUGCAAUCAGGGUCAGAUCAAAGGCAUAAUGACAACGUUCGAAAACAUAAGAUCCCGUCGUCGGCUGUCGGCCGUCGGCCGUCGGCCGUCGCUCGUCCUCUUCUGAUGACGCAACAUCCAGCUGACCGAACCACUGCGUUUCGGGUCAUUUACGUGGCAAAGAAUACCAGGCUUUUGAGCUUUGUGUCUGUGGAAUAUGAACGUGGUCUGGUCCGAACACUAUUUCAAACAGCACGACAUAUAUGCACAGAAGACAUGAUUGACAACAAACUACGACAGCUGAAAGAAUCUUUGACUAGAAACGCUUAUCCCGAUGCGUUUAUCGAAAAGCACAGCAAGCCUAAAUUGAUCAGACAAACGAAUUGUUCAGCAGAAAAACUACUAGUCACCAUUUGUCUUCCAUUCAUACGUGAUGACAUCAAUUGCUUGCUCAAACGACCACUUGGAUCAGCGCUUGCCCAAAACAAAUAUUAUGCACCUGACCUCAGAAUUAUUCAUCGAACGAUUGAGAUCCCCACACCCUCGGUGAAACAACGUCCACCAAUGUACACCAAAUCGAAUCUGAUUUACCAAUUUCAGUGUAGUUGCGAAGCAACCUACGUGGGUCGAACAGAGCGCCAGUUACGUAACCGAGUGAUUGAAUAUAUUCCAAAUUGGGUACAACGUUUUGUGAUGCAAUCAGGGUCAGAUCAAAGGCAUAAUGACAACGUUCGAAAACAUAAGAUCCCGUCGUCGGCUGUCGGCCGUCGGCCGUCGGCCGUCGCUCGUCCUCUUCUGAUGACGCAACAUCCAGCUGACCGAAGCACUGCGUUUCGGGUCAUUUACGUGGCAAAGAAUACCAGGCUUUUGAGACAAAUUGACGGUGUCGCAAUCCGAACUCCAUUGAGCCCCAUUCUGGCACAUAUGUUUUUGGCUCAUCUUGAGGAAAAGGCGAGCAAAAUCCUCGAACGUUCACAACUUUACAAACGAUACGUUGAUCAUGUUCUAGUCAUCACAAUAAGUCUAGAAGAGACAACAUGGAUUAUGGAUAAACUCGAUCGUCUGCAUCCGAAUAUACGAUUUACGAUGGAAACAGAAAUCGAAGAUACACUGCACUUCCUCGACAUUAAAAUCACUAGGAAUAAUGAUGGAACAAUGGCCAGAUCUGUUUACCGAAAGGAAACCUGGACAGGCCGAUGCUUGCAAUUUGACAGCUUUGUGUCUGUGGAAUAUGAACGUGGUCUGGUCCGAACACUAUUUCAAACAGCACGACAUAUAUGCACAGAAGACAUGAUUGACAACGAACUACGACAGCUGAAAGAAUCUUUGACUAGAAACGCUUAUCCCGAUGCGUUUAUCGAAAAGCACAGCAAGCCUAAAUUGAUCAGACAAACGAAUUGUUCAGCAGAAAAACUACUAGUCACCAUUUGUCUUCCAUUCAUACGUGAUGACAUCAAUUGCUUGCUCAAACGACCACUUGGAUCAGCGCUUGCCAAAAACAAAUAUUAUGCACCUGACCUCAGAAUUAUUCAUCGAACGAUUGAGAUCCCCACACCCUCGGUGAAACAACGUCCACCAAUGUACACCAAAUCGAAUCUGAUUUACCAAUUUCAGUGUAGUUGCGAAGCAACCUACGUGGGUCGAACAGAGCGCCAGUUACGUAACCGAGUGAUUGAAUAUAUUCCAAAUUGGGUACAACGUUUUGUGAUGCAAUCAGGGUCAGAUCAAAGGCAUAAUGACAACGUUCGAAAACAUAAGAUCCCGUCGUCGGCUGUCGGCCGUCGGCCAUCGGCCGUCGCUCGUCAUCUUCUGAUGACGCAACAUCCAGCUGACCGAACCACUGCGUUUCGGGUCAUUUACGUGGCAAAGAAUACCAGGCUUUUGAGACAAAUUGACGGUGUCGCAAUCCGAACUCCAUUGAGCCCCAUUCUGGCACAUAUGUUUUUGGCUCAUCUUGAGGAAAAGGCGAGCAAAAUCCUCGAACGUUCACAACUUUAUAAACGAUACCUUGAUCAUGUUCUAGUCAUCACAAUAAGUCUAGAAGAGACAACAUGGAUUAUGGAUAAACUCGAUCGUCUGCAUCCGAAUAUACGAUUUACGAUGGAAACAGAAAUCGAAGAUACACUGCACUUCCUCGACAUUAAAAUGACUAGGAAUAAUGAUGGAACAAUGGCCAGAUCUGUUUACCGAAAAGAAACCUGGACAGGCCAAUGCUUGCAAUUUGACAGCUUUGUGUCUGUGGAAUAUGAACGUGGUCUGGUCCGAACACUAUUUCAAACAGCACGACAUAUCUGCACAGAAGACAUGAUUGACAACGAACUACGACAGCUGAAAGAAUCUUUGACUAGAAACGCUUAUCCCGAUGCGUUUAUCGAAAAGCACAGCAAGCCUAAAUUGAUCAGACAAACGAAUUGUUCAGCAGAAAAACUACUAGUCACCCUUUGUCUUCCAUUCAUACGUGAUGACAUCAAUUGCUUGCUCAAACGACCACUUGGAUCAGCGCUUGCCCAAAACAAAUAUUAUGCACCUGACCUCAGAAUUAUUCAUCGAACGAUUGAGAUCCCCACACCCUCGGUGAAACAACGUCCACCUCUGUACACCAAAUCGAAUCUGAUUUACCAAUUUCAGUGUAGUUGCGGAGCAACGUACGUGGGUCGAACAGAGCGCCAGUUACGUAACCGAGUGAUUGAAUAUAUUCCAAAUUGGGUACAACGUUUUGUGAUGCAAUCAGGGUCAGAUCAAAGGCAUAAUGGCAACGUUCGAAAACAUAAGAUCCCGUCGUCGGCUGUCGGCCGUCGGCCGUCGGCCGUCGCUCGUCAUCUUCUGAUGACGCAACAUCCAGCUGACCGAACCACUGCGUUUCGGGUCAUUUACGUGGAAAAGAAUACCAGGCUUUUGAGACAAAUUGACGGUGUCGCAAUCCGAACUCCAUUGAGCCCCAUUCUGGCACAUAUGUUUUUGGCUCAUCUUGAGGAAAAGGCGAGCAAAAUCCUCGAACGUUCACAACUUUACAAACGAUACGUUGAUCAUGUUCUAGUCAUCUUAAUAAGUCUAGAAGAGACAACAUGGAUUAUGGAUAAACUCGAUCGCCUGCAUCCGAAUAUACGAUUUACGAUGGAAACAGAAAUCGAAGAUACACUGCACUUCCUCGACAUUAAAAUCACUAGGAAUAAUGAUGGAACAAUGGCCAGAUCUGUUUACCGAAAAGAAACUUGGACAGGCCAAUGCUUGCAAUUUGACAGCUUUGUGUCUGUGGAAUAUGAACGUGGUCUGGUCCGAACACUAUUUCAAACAGCACGACAUAUAUGCACAGAAGACAUGAUUGACAACGAACUACGACAGCUGAAAGAAUCUUUGACUAGAAACGCUUAUCCCGAUGCGUUUAUCGAAAAGCACAGCAAGCCUAAAUUGAUCAGACAAACGAAUUGUUCAGCAGAAAAACUACUAGUCACCCUUUGUCUUCCAUUCAUACGUGAUGACAUCAAUUGCUUGCUCAAACGACCACUUGGAUCAGCGCUUGCCCAAAACAAAUAUUAUGCACCUGACCUCAGAAUUAUUCAUCGAACGAUUGAGAUCCCCACACCCUCGGUGAAACAACGUCCACCAAUGUACACCAAAUCGAAUCUGAUUUACCAAUUUCAGUGUAGUUGCGGAGCAACGUACGUGGGUCGAACAGAGCGCCAGUUACGUAACCGAGUGAUUGAAUAUAUUCCAAAUUGGGUACAACGUUUUGUGAUGCAAUCAGGGUCAGAUCAAAGGCAUAAUGACAACGUUCGAAACCAUAAGAUCCCGUCGUCGGCUGUCGGCCGUCGGCCGUCGGCCGUCGCUCGUCCUCUUCUGAUGACGCAACAUCCAGCUGACCGAAGCACUGCGUUUCGGGUCAUUUACGUGGCAAAGAAUACCAGGCUUUUGAGACAAAUUGACGGUGUCGCAAUCCGAACUCCAUUGAGCCCCAUUCUGGCACAUAUGUUUUUGGCUCAUCUUGAGGAAAAGGCGAGCAAAAUCCUCGAACGUUCACAACUUUACAAACGAUACGUUGAUCAUGUUCUAGUCAUCACAAUAAGUCUAGAAGAGACAACAUGGAUUAUGGAUAAACUCGAUCGCCUGCAUCCGAAUAUACGAUUUACGAUGGAAACAGAAAUCGAAGAUACACUGCACUUCCUCGACAUUAAAAUGACUAGGAAGAAUGAUGGAACAAUGGCCAGAUCUGUUUACCGAAAAGAAACUUGGACAGGCCAAUGCUUGCAAUUUGACAGCUUUGUGUCUGUGGAAUAUGAACGUGGUCUGGUCCGAACACUAUUUCAAACAGCACGACAUAUCUGCACAGAAGACAUGAUUGACAACGAACUACGACAGCUGAAAGAAUCUUUGACUAGAAACGCUUAUCCCGAUGCGUUUAUCGAAAAGCACAGCAAGCCUAAAUUGAUCAGACAAACGGAUUGUUCAGCAGAAAAACUACUAGUCACCAUUUGUCUUCCAUUCAUACGUGAUGACAUCAAUUGCUUGCUCAAACGACCACUUGGAUCAGCGCUUGCCCAAAACAAAUAUUAUGCACCUGACCUCAGAAUUAUUCAUCGAACGAUUGAGAUCCCCACACCCUCGGUGAAACAACGUCCACCAAUGUACACCAAAUCGAAUCUGAUUUACCAAUUUCAGUGUAGUUGCGGAGCAACGUACGUGGGUCGAACAGAGCGCCAGUUACGUAACCGAGUGAUUGAAUAUAUUCCAAAUUGGGUACAACGUUUUGUGAUGCAAUCAGGGUCAGAUCAAAGGCAUAAUGACAACGUUCGAAACCAUAAGAUCCCGUCAUCGGCUGUCGGCCGUCGGCCGUCGGCCGUCGCUCGUCAUCUUCUGAUGACGCAACAUCCAGCUGACCGAACCACUGCGUUUCGGGUCAUUUACGUGGCAAAGAAUACCAGGCUUUUGAGACAAAUUGACGGUGUCGCAAUCCGAACUCCAUUGAGCCCCAUUCUGGCACAUAUGUUUUUGGCUCAUCUUGAGGAAAAGGCGAGCAAAAUCCUCGAACGUUCACAACUUUACAAACGAUACGUUGAUCAUGUUCUAGUCAUCACAAUAAGUCUAGAAGAGACAACAUGGAUUAUGGAUAAACUCGAUCGCCUGCAUCCGAAUAUACGAUUUACGAUGGAAACAGAAAUCGAAGAUACACUGCACUUCCUCGACAUUAAAAUGACUAGGAAUAAUGAUGGAACAAUGGCCAGAUCUGUUUACCGAAAAGAAACUUGGACAGGCCAAUGCUUGCAAUUUGACAGCUUUGUGUCUGUGGAAUAUGAACGUGGUCUGGUCCGAACACUAUUUCAAACAGCACGACAUAUCUGCACAGAAGACAUGAUUGACAACGAACUACGACAGCUGAAAGAAUCUUUGACUAGAAACGCUUAUCCCGAUGCGUUUAUCGAAAAGCACAGCAAGCCUAAAUUGAUCAGACAAACGAAUUGUUCAGCAGAAAAACUACUAGUCACCCUUUGUCUUCCAUUCAUACGUGAUGACAUCAAUUGCUUGCUCAAACGACCACUUGGAUCAGCGCUUGCCAAAAACAAAUAUUAUGCACCUGACCUCAGAAUUAUUCAUCGAACGAUUGAGAUCCCCACACCCUCGGUGAAACAACGUCCACCUCUGUACACCAAAUCGAAUCUGAUUUACCAAUUUCAGUGUAGUUGCGGAGCAACCUACUUGGGUCGAACAGAGCGCCAGUUACGUAACCGAGUGAUUGAAUAUAUUCCAAAUUGGGUACAACGUUUUGUGAUGCAAUCAGGGUCAGAUCAAAGGCAUAAUGACAACGUUCGAAACCAUAAGAUCCCGUCGUCGGCUGUCGGCCGUCGGCCGUCGGCCGUCGCUCGUCAUCUUCUGAUGACGCAACAUCCAGCUGACCGAACCACUGCGUUUCGGGUCAUUUACGUGGCAAAGAAUACCAGGCUUUUGAGACAAAUUGACGGUGUCGCAAUCCGAACUCCAUUGAGCCCCAUUCUGGCACAUAUGUUUUUGGCUCAUCUUGAGGAAAAGGCGAGCAAAAUCCUCGAACGUUCACAACUUUACAAACGAUACGUUGAUCAUGUUCUAGUCAUCACAAUAAGUCUAGAAGAGACAACAUGGAUUAUGGAUAAACUCGAUCGCCUGCAUCCGAAUAUACGAUUUACGAUGGAAACAGAAAUCGAAGAUACACUGCACUUCCUCGACAUUAAAAUCACUAGGAAUAAUGAUGGAACAAUGGCCAGAUCUGUUUACCGAAAAGAAACUUGGACAGGCCAAUGCUUGCAAUUUGACAGCUUUGUGUCUGUGGAAUAUGAACGUGGUCUGGUCCGAACACUAUUUCAAACAGCACGACAUAUAUGCACAGAUGACAUGAUUGACAACGAACUACGACAGCUGAAAGAAUCUUUUACUAGAAACGCUUAUCCCGAUGCGUUUAUCGAAAAGCACAGCAAGCCUAAAUUGAUCAGACAAACGAAUUGUUCAGCAGAAAAACUACUAGUCACCAUUUGUCUUCCAUUCAUACGUGAUGACAUCAAUUGCUUGCUCAAACGACCACUUGGAUCAGCGCUUGCCCAAAACAAAUAUUAUGCACCUGACCUCAGAAUUAUUCAUCGAACGAUUGAGAUCCCCACACCCUCGGUGAAACAACGUCCACCUCUGUACACCAAAUCGAAUCUGAUUUACCAAUUUCAGUGUAGUUGCGGAGCAACGUACGUGGGUCGAACAGAGCGCCAGUGA